AUGUAUUAACAAUAAUUAACUAAGCUAUUUGUAAAAUAUGAUGCACCCAUUCCAUAGGACAAUAUCCUUUUUAAAACUUCAUUUUUCAAGAUGAGUAAUCACAAAGAAGUCACUUUGCUUUUAUGUAGCAAUGAUUUCAUCUAUAAAGUCAGCAACAAUAAUGUCAAAGUGUACAUACUUAAACUCAAUUAUGAGGUGAGAUUCUCAGUAAAAGCUGAAUAAACUUCAAAACAAAUACAUAAACAAAUGAAAGGAGAUGAAUUCCAUACACAAAUAUACAAACUUACUCUUGAAAGGGAUGAUUGUAAUUCGGUUGAAUUCUACAACUUCAACUUUUAAACUAUGUAUUGGUUUGAUUACCUCAGAAACAAGCUACACAUGCUGGAUUAUCAAACGCAUUAUGAGAUUAGUAAGCUAAUUGGUAAAGGAUCAUUUGCAUCUGUCUAUGAAGCAAAAGGGAAGAAUGAUCAAUAAUCUUAUGCUGCAAAAGCAUUUUACAAAAAACAAGUGUUCCAGGAUCCAAAGGGAAGAGAUUAAGUUGAAAAUGAAAUCAAUGUCAUGCGCAAACUCAAUCAUCCAAAUCUUAUCAAUUUGCAUGAAGUCUUUGAAAAUAAAGCUCAAAUCUAUUUAAUAUUGGACUUGGCAAGAGGAGGCACACUUGAAUAUGCUUUGAAAGUACUGAAUGCCCCAGUUCCAUACUUAAGUGCAAAAGUGAUAUUUCGAUAAAUACUUGAAGGUGUACAAUAUAUUCAUGAUUAGGGCAUAAUACAUAGAGAUUUGAAACCAGAUAAUAUACUUUUUAGAGAUUUCAUCCCUCUUAAGAGGUAUGGUCUCAUAAAUGUGGGUAAUAAUAUCAUGAUCAGUGACUUUGGCAUCUCCACUCCAAAACAAUAAAGAAUGGCUAUAUAUUAAUAUUGUGGCACUCCAGGUUACAUGGCCCCAGAAGUAUUUCUGGCAGAAAAUGAUAAUAAUGCUACAUAUGAUGAAAAAUGCGACGUCUUCUCCUUAGGUUGCAUACUUUAUUAUCUUCUUAUUGGCCAUCCCCUCUUUGCUUAACCAGUAAAGCAGACAAAUAUGGAAAUGAAAAUUGAUUUUGCUCAAUUAGAAAAAGACCUCAAUUAGAGUCAUUCAUUAACUGUACUUUUGUAAAGGAUGCUAUCCCAGAAUCCAUAAGAUAGACCAUCCUGCAGGGAAAUCCUUGAAUCCAAAAUAAUGGAGGUGGAGUAUGGAGAGGAUGGCAUUCCUGUAUUCAAAGAUUUCCAAAGACCCAAAAGUAGUCCACCAAAAAGAAUGUAGCCAUUGCAUCCUGAAAUUGAUAGAUCGUAAAUAUACUAUAAUAAUAAUUUUAGUAAGAGAUAGAGUAUGUUAAAUUCAAAGAUAAUUAAACUGAUGCCAAUCUUAGAAGAGAAAUAAGAAAUACGAAUUUAAGGAAAGGAUAAAACUACGAUCAUUAUAAAAUAAAGAAAUUCUCAUUUUGAUGAAGAGAGAACACCAGCAUAAAGAGUUGCUGCAGCUCGUAGAUCCUCUGCUUAUGUUCCCUCAAGCAAUCAUAAUAGCAGAAAAUGAU